AUGGUGGCUCCCAGGAACACCGCCUACGCCGAGGAGAGUGCCGAGGUGGAGGUGUUGUAUGCUAACCUCGACAAACUCAACGGGCUCACGAGGAAGAUCCAGGGCUCUCUGGUGCGCUUGGAGACUAGUGGACAGGUAGUUAAGGAGGCCAUUGGCCCCAUCUACAGCAAUACACAGUCUCUUCAGAUCACAAAUACCAAUAUCGACAAGGUCAACGAUGCUAUCGACCGCCUGCGCCAGCCUCUCGAUGCGAAGGGCCGCGAGGAAGGCAUCAUUCGCGCAGGACCCCAGAGCUCAGGCCUUUCGCACUACCUCUCAGCAAUGAAACGCGUUGAAAAGGCGCUGGUCGACCUCAACGCGACGAACCUUCGAUCCAAUCAGACUGCGAUCGCGGAUUUCAACUCUCUUUUGAGCACGGGAGGCACCAAAAUACAAGAGAUGUUUCGCGCAGACUUGGAACAGAGCAGCAUUCCAAUUGAACCGUUGCACUACCUAACAAAAGACCUCCCUUUCCCAUCAAUCCCCGAAGAUACGGUUUCACACUUGGCGCCACUUUGCGCAGCAAUUGGCUCUGCAUCUGUCCAUGGCCCGCAGCGCGGAAUGGGAGAUAACCCUGCCCUGAAGAUAUACGCCGAGACGCGGGGGCCAUACAUUGCCGCUAGCUUGCAGAACCUGUCCAUUGCAUCUCUCAACACCGUGAAGCGAAGACCCACUGAUGGGCCAUAUAAACAAGGAACCAAUGGGAUUGGAAUAUACUCCAACGCGUUGGAAAGUUUCAUCAAUACAGAACAUGAAAUCAUCACGCAAGUUUUCACUGGCGACCAGCAAGGACUCGCUUUACAGGCGACUUUCCUUUCGGCCAUGGCCGACUACUCGAAGACACUCCGAGAAUUGAAUCAGUACAUCAAGGCAAACUUGAUGACCGAUUGCUUCCUGGCAUUUGAAAUCAUUGAGAUUGUGACUGCAAUGUCCUACCGCAUUGACUCAAAGACUGCGGAGCUGAAGAGUCUCCUCAUCGAAGCUUUGCGGCCUAUUCGCGAGACCGCCAAGUACUCUCUCUCGGAACUGCUCGACGAGACCAAACGCAAGGCUGCUAACGUGGCACUGCCCCCAGAUGGUGGAUCUGUACCAUUGGUUGACGAGGUUAUGAGCUCUCUAACUACGUUGACCGGCUAUUCGGGUCCCUUGGCGUCUAUCUUGACAUCGUUGGGAGAUGGUAACUGGCGCUCCAAGUCGAACACCGCCGGCACUGCCCCCUUGGAUGUCGGUCCUGACAGCGGAACACUCUUCUCUCACUUCAUUUUGGAUAUGAUCGAGGCUGUUAUGACUGGACUAGAGUCUCGUGGUCGGACUUUCCACCGUUCAAAGGCCGCUCUUGGUGUGUUCCUGUCGAACGUCUUCUGCAUCGUUGACCGAUCAAUCCGGCAAAAUCCUGAGUUGGCACGUUACCUAGGUGCGCCGGAUAGCAUCGCACGGAUCGACACUUUCCGGAAGCGCGCGACGUCGACCUAUCUUGAUGCAUGGAAAGAAACAUCCCAAUACUUGCUGGAUGUGCAAUAUACAUCUCGUUCCGGAGCACGGCCCAAUUCGGGAGGUGCGGUGGACUCCAGUGCGAUUGUCAAGAGUCUGUCGUCGAAGGAUCGGGACGCUAUCAAGGACAAGUUCAAGUCUUUCAAUGCAAGCUUCGACGAGAUGGUUUCCCGCCACAAAACUCUCCAUAUGGAACGGGAGGUACGGUCUGUGCUGGGCCGGGAACUACAGGCCGUUCUCGAGCCGCUGUAUGCGCGAUUUUACGAUCGAUAUGUCGAGAUUGACAAGGGUCGCGGCAAGUACAUCAAGUACGACAAGGCUAACCUGUCGGUGCAAUUGGCACAGCUUUCCUGA